AUCGAUACAAACAUGAAGGAAAAGGAGAAAAAUCGUGGAGUUUCUAUAAAAUCAUAGUAAUAUGAUCGAUAUCCUUAUCUGCAGUGUUUAUAACGAAACAUAGUGCAAUUUUCGUUAUCUCUACUUUUUCUUUCGCUGCAUGAUUAUAUCAGAAAUCAAACAUUGAACGGUAAUCAAUGAAUUAUCGACAAUUCAGAGUUUCAAAGCCGCCAAUAAAUGAUUACUGUAUAUCUGUAAUAUGAUCUUAAUGCAAGAAUAAUUCUUCCCGCAUCUUGCGACACAGCUUUAAACUCGGCUUCAAACGUGUACCGAGAUAACGGGCAAAUUUUCAUACGAACUCUCCGGCCAUACAAAAUCAUUGAAGUAAUAAUUAACCGAGCCGCGAUCGUGGUUUUGAGAGGUGAUUUUGAGUGAUAGAUAAUUAGGGAUGAUAAAAGCUCGUCGUUACUGCAGACGGGCGUCGAUCCUUUACUUCUACUUGCUUUACGCUGCGGCAUAUCGUGCAGAAAGAGAAGAAACGACCGAUUCGCAAGUAGUCGUCGGUUCACCGUCAGGCGAUCGUGGGCAGCCCGAACGUGUUAAUUAAGUUCAGUUGAAGAAAAUAAGAGCACUGUUGCGCGGUACCAAAUUGCCUAGAAGAAGGGGUGGGAGUUAAUGGGUAGGACACGGUUGCGAAAGCUCCUUUGGUUACCAGAAGCGGAUCUUAAACCAAAAGCUAGAAACUGUUCCCCUCCAGCCAUCCAGGAUUUUCCGGGGGACGGUUUCACACAGGAGCAACGGCAGCGCGGUUUCAUCGUAAUCCACUUUGCGAUCGCUUCUUAUCUCUUUUUACUCCUGGCAAUUGUCUGUGAUGACUUCUUCGUGCCUUCGAUAAAAAUGAUAUGCGACAAACUAGGAAUGACCGAGGAUGUCGCCGGCGCUACUUUUAUGGCUGCUGCUACUUCCAGCCCUGAAUUGUUCAUCAACAUAGUCGGAACAUUCAUCACGCAGGGUGAUCUUGGCGUUGGAACAAUCGUUGGAUCCGCAGUCUUCAAUAUUCUCGCGGUACCCGCUUGCUGCGGCCUUUUUGCCACCCAGAUCUUGGACCUUGACUGGUGGCCCGUGAGUCGAGAUUGCUUGGCCUACGCAAUCACCGUAGUACUUUUAAUCCUGACCCUUCAUGAUGGUCGGGUUGAAUGGUACGAGGCUCUGAUUCUAGUUAUCUCAUAUAUCCUUUACAUUCUUGCAAUGGUAUUCAAUCGCCGCCUCGGUAACUUCACGAAAAGAUUAUUCGGGAAGAAAGCAAUGUACAAAAACAUAUCCGAAGAUUGUCCACUGCUAUUGACGACAGAGAAGGCUGAUAAGGUCAGCGCUUUAAUUUACGCUAUGGACGAGGAUGAUAGUGAGGACGACAUAGUGAAUUUAAUACAAUGGCCUGAGGCUGGAUGGGAGAAGGUCUGGUGGCUUCUUACGUGGCCCAUCAACCUGCUGCUCCUAAUUACGGUUCCUGAUUGCAGGCGACGUACCUUGAAGUCUUGGUACCCCAUCACCUUUGGCAUGUGUAUCGUCUGGAUCGCUUCUAUGUCAUACAUCGUAUCAUGGAUUAUAACGAUUAUUGGCGAUACUUUGAAAAUACCCGAUUCUGUGAUGGGGUUGACUUUUUUGGCCGCUGGAAUGAGCGUACCUGAAGCGGUUUCGAGUGUGAUCGUAACAAAUCAAGGUCACGGAUCAAUGGGAAUAAGCAAUUCGAUUGGAUCAAACAUCUUCGAUGUGCUUCUUUGCCUCGGUCUGCCUUGGUUCGUAAAGGCGGCUUUUUUGCCGCAAUUCACCGACGACUACUCCGUAAAAAUAAACUCUGAAGGUCUGGUCUACAGUUCGGUUUCUCUUUUCUCCACGUUACUUUUACUCUACGGAGCUUUCCUAUUCAAUAAAUUUAAGCUCGAUGCCAAGGUUGGCAUCUACUGUCUCACAAUGUAUGCUGCCUUUUUAAUUCUCGCAUCUCUUAUCGAACUCAAUGUAUUUUUCACCGUGAAUUUGCCCACAUGUGUUCACUGACCCUCAAAAUACUUAGGUGAAAAUACUCAAUUAUCUUAUUUGCAAUAAUAUUGUGUUUAAUUAAUUUGUAUUGUUUUGUAUUGUGAAAUACAUUUUGUAUCGUAUAGUCAA